UACACAAGGCGGCCUGUGUUUUCACGCGGUCCCAUGGUGUUCUCCCUUCAUUUAAAGACUUAUAAAUUGUGCUGGCUAAGUAUUUAAUAACUAUCGUGUGCAUUAAAAAAUUGGCUCUUCAUUAUUCAUGGAAUUGUGUGAACAAAGGCCUUUCUGAGUAACUGUGUGCAAAUUUGCAAACUGCUGUACUUGACUGGGUGGUGGGCCAGCCUCAUGCUUUCUCAUUCUUUCACUUUUGCGUAACAAUGUGUUAAAAAAGAAGUUUCAAUGAAUUUUAUCAAUUGUGAUGCAUGGCGACACCUUUCGACUUAGCUGUGAGCUUAUUUGGUACAAUCGUAUUGCAAAGAUUGCGUACACCGGCUUUAUCUAUUUGCAAUGGCAGCUCUCGUACGACAUUUGUGUAUUGUCUUUUCUCUGUUGGUCACUACUCGUUUGUAUGUAUUUUUAGAGCCCUGACAGGCUGAUGAAGGAACACUGAAUUCUUCUGAAAGCUGUCAUUACUAAGAAAUGAAGCUGGUGUUAUGACUUAUGAACAGUGAACAGUGUCCCAAAAUUUUAUUUCAGAGUGAAAAAUUGUUCUGGAAAAUUGGAGAUGAAAGUGGAAAAUUGAUUUCAGUUGGAUGUCAUUUCCCACCCAAAACUGGCAAAUUUUGGGACAUUGGUUUUGAACAAACUUAACAAUACAAUAUCGAUGUCCCAGGCUCUAGCUGAAUAACAUCAACAUAAAUAUAACAUAAUACUUUGUGUAAGCAUCUCGUACAACUGUGUUUCUGUGAUAAUGAAAUCAAAACACAUGCAUCCUGCAUCCACGAAAGUGGAUAGUAAGUAGAAAGAAGCAUUUGUUGCCAUAUGUUAGUGAUAAUUGUGCAAUAUCUUGGUAAUUUUAGUUUGUAUGAAACGCGUAAGAUUUAGGUGAUUGAAACUAAACAUGGAAGAUAAUUUUUAGGUCAAUUUUUACUUUUUUUUAAUGCUGUUCUUGAUAUUCCACUUCACUCAAAACACACCAGUUCAUAAGUUAUUUCAGGGCUUUCACAAUAGCCAUGUCUUUGUGGUCAAUCAUCCUCAGAGCAGCCUGAGUCAAUUCCAUUCAUAACUUCCUUAGCCAUAUAUCUCUGAUCCUUUUUCAGGACAAGACAUGCACUACUACAUGUAUGCUGUGCCUGGCUCAAGAUUCCUAUAUGUAGCCAGGCUGCCCUACCGACACUGGCAAAAUGAAUGCUUCCUUGAACAAAGCUAACCAAAGGUGCCAUCAACUGUCUUAAUCUGAACAGGAAGGAAGCCUAGUUUUCAACAUAGACAACAGCUUGUGUGAAGCUGUCACUUUCAGGGUGUGCACCACCCAGUGUUCAUUUGUUAACAUCAAUAAUGUGUGACCACGAAAGGAAACCCUUCUGAAGCCCAGCUUUCUGACCAACUCAAGUGAUGCCCGAGGCAAGUCGAGAGGACGACUCUCCGCACGUGCAGCAGCUGCGCGCGGCGCUGCACUACGCCAUCGGCCGCAUCUGUGACGACGUGGCCGCCGAGCGGGGCACGCCGUUCCGGCGCACGGUGGUGGCCACGCUGACCGAGGCGGCGCUGUCGCAGGCGGCCGUGAUGGCGCGCGACCUGGAGCUGUUCGCGCAACACGCGCGCCGCGCCGCCGUCUGCGCCGACGACGUGAAGCUGCUGGUGCGCCGCUCGCCCACGCUGUCGGCCGAGCUGCAGCGCGAGGCGCGCCGGCUCGCCGCGCACGCCAAGGUGGCCAAAGAGCGGCGGCGGGCGCAGCGCGGCAGGCGAGGGGCGCGCGGCGCCGGCCGAGGCGCCUCCGCUGCGGCGGACCCGAGGACUGCGACUGACGACGGUGAAGUGAUGGAACUGGAGUGAAGAUAUUAUAAGCCCGAGAUGUGGUUACACGGAGUGUGUGCAUAUCUUCGGAUAUCACGGUGUGAUAGGGACUGUCGUGCCCGGGCUGAAGUGCGGGCUGCAGGCGAAAUGUACACUGCGUUUGCGCUAUGGCUGAGCACAAUGGCUGUGAAGUGUACCAGUAAUCAGAAGUGCCCUAUGAACAGUGAGCCGGGUCUGUGAUGUGACGGUGCAUUCUAACAAGCACCGCAUGGUGAUUGGUGAUGACAUGACUGGACUCUAUAUAGACUGGAUCACCGAUUAACGAACGAGUGCUUAUGGACUACGAGUACACUGUUUUAGACUCAGUUUCGGUGUUUCAUGCUGUGCCUGCGACUGUAACGUUAAACUAGACUGACAUAGAAUGUGACUGAGGUCAUAUUGUGUAGCGGGCACCGGAAUGACCAGUUAUUACGAGUUCCUACGCUCCUUUCUUCACAGCAAAGUGUGCACUGAAAAUGCAAUCGCCGUUCAAUAAAAUGCUUGAUGUGUUUAA